AUGAAGGCAUUGACAGCUUUGUCCGCCCUGCUGUCCCUGGGCUCAUUUGUUGUCGCAGCCUCAGAACCCGCUGAGGCGGCGCCAAAGGUGUCCAAGAUUACCCUCCCGGCAACCUUCAAGCCUCCCCAAGUCUUUAAAAAUGCCAAUCUCGUCCAUGUCGUCUCAUUAGAGAAGAACUAUGUCAAAGAGUCAAUCAAUGUCCUUGUAGAGAAUAUUGAUAAGGAACCACAAGAUGAAUACUUCCUCCCAUUCACAGCGGACCAGAUGUCCCGGGUUGGAGGCAUGGAGGUGAAGGACAGGAAGGAUGCGACAGCAGGCCCUUUCACUGCGGAGGCAGUCGAGUUUGAUCCAGAGAGUGACGUUCAAUACUACCGAAUCAAGCUCCCGAGCCCCCUGAAGGCAGGUGGCCAGCAGACAUUGGCCAUCUCCUUCUACUUCACCCGAGCUUACACACCUCGCCCUGCCCAAAUUAAGCAGGAAGAUCAACAGUUCCUCGCCUACUCAUUCUCCGCUUACUGCCCGUCCGCGUACAUUACCUCGAAACAAAAGACGGAGGUCAAAUUCCCUUCCUCCAACAUCCCAGACUACACCAAGAUCCCAGGCAGUGGAGAUGUGAAGGAAUUCCCGCAGAAGCAAGGCUCGAAGCUUACAUAUGGCCCAUUCGACGAGAAGCCCGCAGGCGCGACUUCUCCGAUCGAGGUCAGGUUCGAGUUCACCAAGCCAGUCAUCCACGUUGCCAAUCUAGAACGAGACGUCGAGAUCAGUCACUGGGGAGGCAAUGUUGCGUUCGAGGAGCGAUACACAAUGUACCACCGUGGAGCCAACCUGUCAAGUCUCUUCAAUCGAGUCAAGUGGCAGCAACAGCAGUACACAAACCCUGCGACCUACGCCCUGAAAGAGCUUCGUUUUCCUCUUCGCGUUGGUAGCGCGGACGCCUACUACUACGAUGUUAUUGGAAACAUAUCUACCUCUCGAUUCCGCAGCAACAAGCGUGAGGCAGUCCUUGAGACUAAGCCCCGAUACCCAGUGUUCGGUGGCUGGAAGUAUCCUUUCACCAUUGGCUGGAACUCAGAUGCGAAGAACUUCCUCCGCAAGCUGAGCGGUGGUAGCUAUAUCCUGAACGUGCCGUUCCUCGAAGGACCGAAGCAGGCUGAGGGCGUAGAAUAUGAGCAAACUCAGCUGCGAGUCAUCUUGCCGGAGGGUGCAGAGAACGUCAAGUUCUACACCAACAUCCCCGAGUCAUCCAUUACCGAAUCUAUCGUGGAGGUUCACAAGACUUUCCUCGACACUGUUGGGCGCCCAGCCCUCAUCAUCAAGGCUAGGAAUCUUGUAGACGACUUCCGCGACCGAGAAGUGAUUGUUUCAUAUGACUACCCUUUGGUGGCGAGUUUGCGGAAGCCAUUCAUUGUCUUUACCAGCAUGCUCGGUGUGUUCGUUGCGGCUUGGAUUCUAGGAGGAGUGGAGAUGAAGUUCCCGACCAAGAAAUAG